GGGUAAAAAACAUAUCUGAGGUUUAGUUGUUGAGAUAUUUUACUGUUUAUGUAUUAUUGAUUGGUUUCCAGGGCCUGUCACUUACGUUGUUGCCCUGUUGUACAUCAUCCACUUCAAAAAUAAUCUAAACAGGAAGGGGAAGCUCAAAUGCAUAAGUGAGUGUGAAACCUUCAACAAUCGGUACUGAGCACCAAUGGAGGCUCCAGCUCUGUGCAGACUCAUCUUAAUAACAUCAUUUGUCCUGCUGACCGCACAAACACAAGGCUUUUACACUGCUCAGGAUCAUGAUGCAGUUCUGCCUGAAGUCUUCCCAGACAGGCUUCAGUUCUUUGAAUUUGAGUCUGUGUCUGUUCGCUGUGAGGGGGUCAGUGGGUCGAGCACACGGAGGGUUUGGAAGAAACUAAAGACAUCAUGUUCCUCUGAAGCGUGUAACUCAUCCUGCACCGUUAAUCCUGCUUUUGAAAGAGACAGCGGAGAAUACUGGUGUGGAACUGGUGAAGGUGGACAGAGGGGUGCUGUCAACAUCUCAGUUACUGCAGGUUUGGUGAUCCUGGACAUUCCUGCCACACCGGCAGCUGAGGGAUCUAAUCUGACUCUUCGCUGCAUUGAUAAGACAUCUGAGUUGGUCCACAUUACUGAUUUCUACAAAGAUGGUGUCUACCAUAAGAUUGGCUAUAAAAGCCACAUGACCCUCCAGAACAUCUCCAAGUCUGAUGAAGGACGCUACAAAUGUAGCAUCUCUGGGAAAGGAGAGUCUCCAGAAAGUUGGCUGGCUGUGGUCAAACCACAAACAGGACCAGAUGAAGAGACUCCGCAUCUCAGAGACCAGACUAAAACAGUCAUCCUGCUGCGUGUGUCUCUGACGGCUGUCCUGCUGCUGCUGAUCGGAGUGAUUCUCAUCAGAAAACACAAAAGUACAGCAAAUUCUUUCCACUCGCCACCGCCACCUCUCAAUUUCCCAUGGGCAGUAAAGGGCGACAUUGUCCUCUGCUGCCAGCGGAUAAAAGAAGUGACACCGGCGAUCUCUGAUGGUGGAUGGAUGGAGCCACUAGCUGAAACGUGUCAGCUUCGGGGUUUCUUAGUUGAGGCGACCACAGGAAACAGGAAGAGGAAGCUCAGGUGUACGCAUGACUCCUAUGUGACUGAAACCCUCAGCAUGGUGAACUUGCUGGUCCUGCUGGCUGCACAAACGGAAGGAGGCGAUGCCGCUCAGGAACACGAGGCGAGGCUGCCAUACAGGCACCGCCCGUCCCUCAGACCACCACCAAGAGGCGCCGUUCUCCCCGAGGUUCGUCCUGACCGGCUUCAGUUCUUCGAGUACAGCUCUGUGUCUGUGCGCUGCGGGGGGGUGGGGGGGUCGAACGCGUGGAGGGUCUGGAGGAAACUAAACACAGCAGGUUCCCCUGAAGCCUGUGAUACCUCAGCACCGUCCUGCACCAUCAAUCCUGCCACUGAGAAGCACAGCGGAGAAUACUGGUGUGCGACUGGUGAGGGAGGACGGAGCGCGGCCGUCAACAUCUCAGUUACCGCAGGUUUGGUGAUCCUGGACAUUCCUGCCCGGCCGGUGGCUGAGGGAUCCGAUCUGACUCUUCGCUGCAUUGAUAAGACGUCUGAGUUGGACCACAUUACCGAUUUCUACAAAGAUGGUGUCUACCUUAAGAUCGGCUACAAAAACCACAUGACCCUCCAGAAGAUCUCCAGGUCUGAUGAAGGACGCUACAGAUGCAGCAUCUCUGGGAAAGGAGAGUCUCCAGACAGUCGGCUGGCUGUGGUCCAACCAGAUGGAGGGACCAGACCUCUCAUGCUGCCGCUCGUGUCUCUGGCGGUCCCGCUGCUGCUGCUGCUGGUCGGGCUGAUUCUCUUCAGGAAGUGCAAAGCCCCACGUGUCGACCACCACACCCCUGAUCAGAUGUGUCUGUACACCGUAGCGGUAAAACCAAGGCAGGUGAAAGAACCAGAAGUUGCCAGAGUUAGCGUCCCCGUGGAUCCAUCAGAGGAAACCAUUUAUUCCGUGAUCAACUAGCAGGAGGCCGGGAAGGAAAGAAGUGCUCCUCAUUACCUUUAGCGACAGUGACUGGAUGAGAGGAACACGAGGAGUUGGUGCAAAACGCUUCCAUGAAACAAUAAAGCAUGAGAGAGAGAUCAACUUUGUCUUUGCCUACCCGGAAACCAAGAAGUGUAGGCGGUUGUGGAACGAGAAAACGAGAAGAUGUAAACUCGACAGAACUUCCAACGCUGACGUCAGCAGCAGCAGCUGAUGAUGUCACAGCAGCUGCAGAUCUGUGGUUUAUUGCAUCUGUGGGACUCCCAUCAGCGUUGACUGGUUCUGUAGACCUACCUGCUCGUCUCUUCACGCCUUUGUGUGGACUUUAAAAUAAAACUGCUGCUGUUUUAUAAUUACUGGGUGAGGUUAGCCACGAGUCUAACUGAACGCAAACCCUCGUGUGAUAUUUAUACUGAGACCCUCACGUGUUGGCUUCUUACACAACAACAGCCUUUUGAGUCUAUUCAUUUAGACUUGCUGUUACUUACAGAGACCUGGUUUCAUUUAGACUUGCUGUUACUUACAGAGACCUGGUUUCAUUUAGACUUGCUGUUACUUACAGAGACCUGGUUUCAUUUUGACUUGCUGUUACUUACAGAGACCUGGUUUCAUUUAGACUUGCUGUUACUUACAGAGACCUGGUUUCAUUUAGACUUGCUGUUACUUACAGAUACCUGGUUUCAUUU